GUUUCUAUGUGUCUGGUUCCCAGUCUCAGUCCACUCUUCAUAUGAGUGUCGAGACCUUGUGCGAGAAAUUGAGGCAAGAUCUGCUGGUGGGGAUGGAUGGGACAAACAUUAAAUGCGGCUGCAUCGGGGAGGUUGGAUGUUCAUGGCCCAUCACAGAUUUCGAGAAAAAGUCGUUAGUGUCUACGGCAAUUGUACAAGAGGAAACCGGAGCCCCUGUCAUUAUACAUCCCGGAAGAGAUUCUCGUUGUCCGGAAGAGAUUUUCCGCGUAUUUCAAGAGGCGGGCGGAAGAGUUUCUAACACAGUCAUGUCACACCUAGACCGUACCCUUUUAACGAAGGAGAGUCUUUUGGAGUUUGCAUCUCUCGGAAGCUAUUGUGAAUUCGAUCUCUUUGGAAUUGAAGUGUCUCUCUAUCAACUGGACGAACUCAUCCCCAUGCCCAGUGAUGCUCAGCGGAUGGAGUCACUGAGAUGCCUCAUUCAGGAAGGUUACGGAGACAAAAUAGUUGUAGCUCAUGACAUACACACAAAACACAGAUUGAUGAAAUAUGGUGGUCAUGGAUACUCUCACAUCCUCCUCAAUAUUGUCCCCAUAAUGAAGAGCCGGGGGUUCCAUCCAGAGGACGUCCGCAAAAUUCUCUACACGAACCCAGCUUCCUGGCUGACUUUCCACUAGACUUUCCACUCUUUAGUGGAAAGCGUUCUUCUCUAAUGAUUGUUUGGCUCAGUACAAAAUAAACAAUGAUCGAAAGUCUCUUAAAA